AGUGAUAGACGUAAAUGAAAUGGAUGUCGAGUCACUCGACAAAGGAACGCAAAAUGAAUGUAAAAAUAUUGAAUGUGCAAAUGCAUGUGUCACUCGUGUAAAUGUAUUUUAUUCACUGCAAUGUUCUUUGGAGGCACAUUUCAGUUUCAUUUUAUGCACUCGUGUAGUGACUCGUUUCGUUAAUUUCACUUUAACUCCGACGUGAUUUCGUUGAGAACCUGUGAAUGUAAUUGUUGCUCGAAUGAAUAACGCGGGGAAUGGAUUGUGCGUUGACAAUUUUAUUUUAAUAACUUCGUCUCGUUACUUCGUUCAUUUAUUCGUAUUUAUUCGUGCGUGAAACAUGGCACAGUGAAAACGUAACGACACGCUUCGUUUGGCUAACCCACUUUUUCGGUUUCGAUUUUUCGAUUCGCGACAGGCAUUGUCGCGUCCCUCGACGACCGGAUGGUUUACCGAGUCAUAAAAGAUCAUCGUCCAAGUGUGACACGCGGCAUUCGAUGAAAUUUUCAACGGGCCUCGUGGAAACGGUCCGCGCGCAUUUUUCCCCGACGACCUAUAUUCGCGUUAACGGGGUGAAACCACCCUUGAAACUUGGAGAAUCUGUUUAACUGCAUCACUCGUAAAGUAAUGGAGACAGAAACGAGUGUUCAGCACGGAAGUUCCGUCGCUUUGCGCGAGGAAACGAAUUUCGAAAUUGUAAAUAGGAUCUUCAGGAAAUUAAAGCCGACGCCAUUCUGCUCUCCCCUCGCCUUAGUCUCUCCGUAAAAAUUUGAGAUGGAAAUUACUUAGGAAAUUUUAAUCAACGUUGAAAUCAAGGUGGACAGUUUUAUUAGAAUUGAAAAUUUAAGAUGGAAAUUAUUUACAACAUCUUAACGAAAGAGUUUGAGGUAAAGGUAGACUUUUCUAUUGAAACUUGUUAGAACUGAAUAAAAUAAUAUCUGAGACUUGUAUCGCAGUUCUUGAUUCUUAAUUAUUUUACAAAAUUGCAAUGAAAGAAGUUACAUAAGGAACAUUUGUAUAAAUAUCAAUGUUUGUGGUUAUUUUCAAUAUAAGAAAGAAUGUAUAUUGUUAUCGAUUUGGAAAGGGUAGACUUAUUUUACACGAGGAUUUUAAUCCAACUGUCGUAAUUGUUCGAGAAACGAAGGGAUUCAAGCAGAUAAUAUUGAAAAGCGAGAGGAGGUUAUUAUUGAAGAAACAAAGAGACUCGAGCGGAGGAUAUUGAGAAGAACAGAGAGCUUAUUAUUGAAAAAGUGAAGGGAUUUAAGCAGAGGAUAUUGAAAGGAGCUGGAAAGUAAACUACUUAUCAAACCCCAUGAAUUAAAAAUCUCAUUAAACGACUCGAGGUGCUCGUGGACUCUCCAAUAAGAAACAAAGAAAUAAAGAGAUUCAACAAUUAUACGCUGAUAAUCCUUAACAAGCAAAUCCAGGUUUAUUUGCUGAGUUAGAAGAUCUAUUCUCUAGUAGAAUCUCGAAAUUGUAUUUGGAUAAUCCUGGAUUGGUAUACUCAAGAAGGAUACUUAUGCAGAUUAGGAAACUCUCGGUUUGAGAAAGAACAUUUAGAGAUUAUAUUCCAAUAAUCCUAAUUACCGCAGUUAGAUCUCCAUUAGACUAAAACCCAGACUGAGAGGCUCGAAUUAUUUAAGUCGAUUAUGCGGAGUUCGCCUGUAUUAACUGUUAUAAUUUAUUUGUUCAUCUAUUCACUAACUUAUUAUCCUUACUUCUCAUUUGCAUACCUCAUUUAGAGUAUGUUCAUUCUUCUUCAACCUCUUGAUUGGAUCGCUGUUAAUUCUUAUCUGGAUUAUUCAUUACCGCCUCAUCAACUCUUGUUUAAGGUUAAUUAAUUUGAUCUGUAAUACGUGAACCGAAAUGAUUGAAACUAAAUAAACUAACAAUAAAAUUUACACAAUUCUUGUAUCAUACGAGAACGAUACGUCAUCCUUCCAAAACGAAAUUUUUAAUUUCCAAUAUACAAACUAAUUAAUAACUUUGCCUUAUAAUAACGCGACUCGUUUCUCGGUUAUCAAUUACCAUACUUCAGAGUAAACAUGGACAUAGAAUGUACUCAGAAUUUAGACGAAGUAAUCGUAUCUAUCAUAAUUAAUAAAUAAAUCGUAAGGGAACAGGUUAAUUUUAAUUCUUCCAUUUCCACCCAGUACAUCGUCAUCAAAUCAAUCCUUCCUCAUCGCUUAAAAACCUAUUCAGCUGCGCAAGUUCCCACGUAAGCUGCUAAAUCCCUAGAAAAUCCUAUUAACGGAAGCACAAGCGUCCGCUAAUCGUACACCCCCGAAAAAAAGCAGCCGAUAAAAACGAAAGCUCCGAGACACGCGAUCGAAGCAUCCGGUCGAAUCCUCGAUUCGCAGGGAAUCGCCGCGAACGAAACAAACCGUGAAUUUCAGCGAUUAAGUUACGCGACCCGGUGACGAAAGGGAACGUUUCAUGCUUAACGAAGAAAAAUCCGUGGGAAACCGGCCUUUUUUUCUCUCCCCGGCCUCCGCCCACGGGCGUUCUCCUAUUCUCGGCUCGGCGAGCGUGCACCACGCGAGCUUUUAUCGGGGACAGGCAGUGGGACACCGGGGAAAUCCCGCUUUGUCGCCCCGUCAAUUGCAUUUCUCGCUCGACCGUUCCCUACCUCACUCCUCGCCCGAACAUUUUAUUCCCGCUUUUUCUCUCUUUCACCUAUUUCCCUUUUUCUCCGCCCUUCUUCCCGCUCUGUCCUACCCCUUUCAUUUCUCACCCCCCGUGGUUCUCCGGUUUUAUACGUUAUACCCCGUUUACAAGGCAGCGCGCGUUCCGCCCGAACACGAUUCAUCUUGCGAUUCAUUCGCGCUCUAUUUCCGCGAGCGGAGAAAUCAUUUUUCCCCAACCGUCCAUUACCUUAAUGAACGCUCGACGAAGUGGGUGGGAGGUCGGGAACCGGAGAAGGGGAUGGGAGGAACGCCGCGGUCAUAAUUAUCUACGUCUUCUGUUUAGAGCGGCACCGCGCCGCACGCCGAAUGAAUGGCGACCGAUGCACGAUGGUCGAAAGGGGUUGAACCAGAACGCUCCGUUUACCUGCGCGUUUACCCGCGGCACGGUCGGUCACCGUGUUCUUUCGCGUAACGCGAUCUUGAGAAAUAUACCAACCGUUCAUAUUCCCCCCACCCCCUUUUUUUCUUGUUUUAAUAUCGUGGAACACGUUUCUCGCUCGCAGCUUUUCUCUCCGAUCUUUUCAUUGGAUUAAUGAAAGCGCGAUGAUAUGGGGACGAUUUCUCGUUCCCCGUUUAAUUCUGUGGAUGCGGGAUCGUUUUCAAAUAGUCGUAGUUCUUGAUGUAUUUGUUUGUUUAUUGGUUUCUGCGGUAGUGCGCGGAAUGGGAAUGUUUGCUUUUGCGUUUAAAUCAGUUGUGAGUAUGUUUGGUGUUUUGAUAAUUUGGCGGUUGUGUGGAUUCAGUUCUUUAGGGAUUGUUAUUUUGGAAUGUUUGAUAUUGUUGAGAUGUUGGUUGUUGAUGUAGUGACAAAAUAAUAUCGACAGUUUUGUUUCAAAGGAAUGUUUAAUAAUUAAUAUGUUACGAUGUUUGAGAUCGUUCACGAGGAAGUAAUUGUGUUCAUUCGGUUCAUUGAAAUCGUAGGGACAUCAUUUUUAGGUAUAUAAAUUAAUUAAUGGCGUUAGAAUCAUGUUAUCUGUUCGAAUCGAGUGAUUACACGUCCCAGUCAAAUGAACAAUGGGCGAGCCCCACGUCCACCGAUAAUUCACGAGGCUUUUACAGAUCACCGGUACCGGCGCGUGUAACAUUUUCCCGCGAAAGAGCGAUUAUCACGCUCUGCCGAUGGACUAAUUGUGAAAAACCGUUCUGCUUUCCAUGCGAAGCCACGUGGGUAGGCGGCGCCUACGUGAACGGGACUGCGGAAGUUAUGUUCACCAGAGGACUGGCCUGGUGUCAAGUGCCCUUCGGCUACAGUCUGAGCCUGCUGUUCGGUGCGGUGUUGUUCGUGCGACCUAUGCGGAAAGCCGAGCACGUGACCAUGCUGGAUCCCUUUCAAGAGAGAUACGGCGCCGGAGUCGGCGGUUUACUGUUUCUACCUGCGCUCUGUGGCGAUCUGUUUUGGUGCGCGGCCGUCCUCAGGGCUCUGGGCAGCUCGUUGGCGGUGGUCGCAGGGGUUGAUCCUAAUUACAGCGUCUGUGCGUCUGCUCUUUUGGCAGUGGUGUACACUAUGUUUGGCGGAUUAUAUUCGGUCGCAUGCACGGAUGCCUUGCAAUUGGCCUGCAUCGUAGUCGGGUUAGGGGUGGCUGCACCCUUCUCCGUUUUCCAUCCAGCCGUGUCCUUCGAGAAGAACCUAGUGUCCCGUGAAUGGCUGGGGGAAAUUAGGAACGAGGAUCUGGGGGAAUGGGUAGACGGCAUGCUGUUGCUGGUGUUCGGCGGAAUACCGUGGCAGGGGUACUUCCAACGAAUCUUGAGCAUGAGAAGCACCGCAAUGGCGACGACGCUGUCGAUAGCGUCAAUGUUCGGCUGCAUGAUACUGGCAUUCCCAUCGGCGUUAAUUGGUGUGGUGGCACGUGCUACGGACUGGUCUUUGGUCGACGGUUUCAACAAAAGUUGGGUGGCACACGAUGGGAACGCGGCGUUGCCGAUGGUCCUGCGCUACUUAACGCCGCAAUGGGUCUCCUUCGUGGGAUUGGGAGCGAUCUCGGCUGCGGUGAUGUCGUCAGCGGAUUCCGGCAUAUUGGCUAGCAGUUCGAUGUUCGCCAGGAACGUUUACAGACUGACUCUCAGACCGAAGGCUUCCGAAAGAGAACUGAACUGGAUACUCAGGAUUGCCAUGGUCGUGAUCACUGUACUGUCUACCGCAAUCGCGCUCACGGUGGACAGCGUUUAUUAUCUGUCGUACUUGUGCUCCGAUCUUGUUUACGUGGUACUGUUCCCCCAAUUGUUGACGGUCGUCCAUUGGCCCUCUUUGGUGGACACUUACGGAUGCCUGGCGGGUUACUUCGUCGCUGUUGUAUUGCGUCUUUGUGGCGGCGAGAAGGGUUUAGGAGUGCCGGCACUGAUCGAGUACCCGUUCUACGACACGGAAACGCAGACACAGAAGUUUCCGUUCCGGACCGGCGCCAUGUUGGCAGCCCUCUUCACCCAGCUCAUCACGAGCUUCUUCACUAGAAAUCUCCUCGGGAAGGGCUAUUUCCCGCGCUGCUGCGACGUGCUCAGCGUUUACUCGCCCGGGAAAUCGAAGGACCAGUCGGGGGUGGUGCAAAGCAGCUCCGGCGCCGCUUUAAUGGACACUUCUUCCGUUAAUAAAUCGACGUCAGGGAUGGACUCCUGCGACGGAAUAGGAACCGGAAGCUACGAUGACGACAGAACAACCACGAACUCCGUAGAGGACAUGACCGACCGCGACAAUAGCACUCUAGGCGGUGACCCUUACGAAAAGGAGACACCAAAGAUCAACAACAUGGGCGUCGCCGUGCAAAAAGCAAACCAGAGUCUUCAGCACCUGCAGACUCUAAGGAACUCGAUCCACCCCAGACCUAUCCCAACCCCAACUCACUACACCCCAAUACAACCGAACGACGUGUCCAGAGGCCAAAUUUUAGGCGUGAGGAACCUGCGUGGCUCGAUCGGCCAGAUGCUACCCGUGAUUUCAACUGGCAACACCGUAGGUUUAACCACGGUUCCAAUGAACUGCACGAUGCCCGCGCCCAUGACACCUGGCCCCCAUUACACCAGGAUAACCGACACGUCAUUGGGGAACGACAAGAUCAGAGAGAACGAGAGGAUCAGCAUCGUGGAGAGGAGUAACGCUGAGAUUCAGAACACUCCGGACAGCAUGCUGACCACCAUAGGGAUGAAAAAGAACGUGAAGGGAGUGAAGCUGGUUGGUAUGGAGGGUGGUACUCUGAGAAGACCAUCGUUGCAGGGGACGUUCUCACCGACCCCGUCGGUGGAGCUCGUUCACAUUUUGGACAGAAGGCAGAGUAGCGGUUCCUACGGACCCGGUUCUCUGUCUCCCGUUCCCAUGGGCGUGGAGGCAUGCAAAACCCAUGGCACGGCCCUGGAGGGUCAAGGUGGGAACGAACACUGCAGGAUCAAGAGGGGGAUCGUCAGGCAUCACAGUUUGCGCAGCUUCAAUGACACGGGCGACCGCGCGCUAACCACCCUCGCCAGGCAACCGGCCUAUCCCUCGAUGCCACUGCGCCCCGAGGACUGUCGGAUGACCUUGGUGAAGAAGGACAGGAGGUCCUCGAUCGCUCGCCACGGAUCCGUGACCACUGAGAAAGAGCUAAGCGGUUGCACGACCGGAUUGGUCGUUUGCAGUCCAACGUACAGCAUGUACAGCUCGGCCGUGAAGAACUCGAACUAUUUCGUGACCGACGACGAGGCGGUCAGCAGGUUUUGAAGACGUCAUCACGUAUAGUGGCUGGAAGGAAUGCAGUGACUAACUUUUGGGGACUGUGUCAGUGGUUCUCAGCUGCCUCGGGGUCUUUUGCAUGUUGUAGUGUGCGUUUCUAAUGGUAGUACACUAUAUAUCGGUAUAUAUUGGUAUAUAUUGUCAGUAUAUACCUGUUUGUAUAUCAGUAUACAUUUGAACAUAUUAACCCUUUGCACUCAAAGGUUUUUCGGUUGAAAUAGUAAACGUUCUCUGAUCAGAUGUAGACAAUGUUUGUAGAAACUAUUUUAAUGAUAGUUCAGAUGUAAAUUAGGGAACAAAGCUAUUUUAUUUCUAUAUUCCAUAUAGUUAUGCAUUAUGGAAAGUUUAAUAUUAAAUAUUGAAUAUUACAAAUUAAAUAUUAAACCUUCAUAAUUCGACUGUAUCAAAUGAAGUUGUCAGUGAAAUUCACUCGAGCGCAAAGGGUUAAUAUACCUGUAUCUUAUUAUGAUCUGUAUUUUAUUAUGCAAAAUACGCCAGGUAGUUGUUUAAAAGCUACAAUAUCUAUUUACAUUGGAAUAAUUGAAGUUUGUUGAUCGGGUUGGGUCAGUACAGGCGAAGAAAACAUCAUUAGCGUGCUUCCCCUUUUGUAAUAUUCGAUUAAUGUGAAUCCUACUUUCUCAAACCUAUGCAAUCAUCGCAUACAUUUGUUUGGAGCUACUGACUCGGCUCAUUGAAAGCACUGAAGUACUAAAAAUCAGUCAAUUUUGAUCAGAUACUGAAACAUCGACGAAAAACCAACGUCAUUUUAAGAAGUCACUGUAUUUUUUCCAGUAGUUAUACAAGGACCACGAACUGAGGACAAUCGAAUCCCGCCUGAUCAGUUACGAGCCCGAGCCCUUUUUCUACUUCCUCUUCAACUAUCGUACAACUCUACCACUGCCCGUUAUACGAUUUUCUAGAGUCCCUGUUUUUCUACGAAAGAUUUUAAACCAACAUUGGAAUAUUCUCGACCACGGAAUUAUUCGAUUCUCGGACUACUAGAGUAUUAGUCCUACUUUUUUUAUUUCACUCGUCGGAGAAUCCCAAAGGACUUUCGAAAAAUUUACAAGAAACGCGUAAUGUACUUUCCAAACGAUCUCAAGCGUCUCGCGUAAAUGGCGGACUUGUACCAUUAGAUUCAUCAACACUCAAAAACAUUUUUAUUUCAGUACCUUGGCCGAAAAUGAUUCGCAUUUCUCUUAAGACCAUAUACAUACAAUUAACCCAUAUUUCUUCUUAGACAGAGAGGAAUCAUUUUCUAACCAAGUCGAUUCAUUUUCAUCUAAGAUCCGUAGUCCAUUUUCAUCCUCGAAGAUCUAGAAUUCUUUAAAACCUACACUAGCGUAAGAUUAACUUCACUUAGCCGUGGAUCAGAACACUCACAGUCGUUACGAGUCACCGUGUAAAGUAAUUUAGCGAAUUGUCAGCGCAACAUUCCAUGGAUUCGUGAUCAAUGAACACCGCUAGUCAUUGUACUUACAGUUAAUUCACUCGAGAGCGGCUAUUUGUACUUUGUAUACCGGGUGAACGUCGAAAUUACGGUGAGAUCACCGAGACGAAGCUGUCGUGCGUUCACCCGGCGGAACGCGACGCGGACAAGUCAAUCAAGUUAAUUGGGAACCUGUGCUCCGAGUCACGAUAAUAGUCUUUCACCCUGGUUCCCGGUAACUGCACGAUUCUCGUGUGCUUCUGUAGGCUACCCGAGGCUGCGUCCCUUCGGUUCUUUGUCGCGCCGAUGCCUGAAUCUAUUUUUACUCGAAACGAGCGAAUUUUCGAUGUUUCUAUACAUGAAAAUUGUUAGGGAUUAGUUUGCGAAAUUUGAAAAGAAGAGCCGAUAAAAGGGUCUUGAACAAGCUUGAUGAUACGAUUAGAAAGAAAGAAACGCAAGUAUCGGCGAUUCUAGCGAGCAAAGAUCAACCGGUCGUAUUGCAUUCUCAUGGAACCGAACCUGUUUUUCUACUAAGCACAAUUCAUCGCCUGAUCUGAUGGAUCUCUCCCUACUUCGAGUCAAAAGGAAAAUUUACGAAGAAGUUCAAUUGAGAAGGUUAUUUUCUAGAAAUCGAUGGAGCGAAAGGAUUCCAUUGCCAGAUCAACGAUCUGUUCGAAGGGAGGCAGCGCUCGAUCAAUAGUUUUCGUUAGACCGACCCCGCUCAGACUGACUCGCGGACCCAAUGAACCCGACUCGACGUUCGUGCGGUGAUUAAUUUUUGUACAAAUAACGAGCAGACGCGAUGAUACCCGUUUUUUCCGCGUGUUGCUCCGUGUAGAUAGGACGAUCGAUUCGCGGGAAUAGAUCGAGGACCUUUGGCCAGUUUCGUCGUUGCACACGAUAACGAUACCUUUACCGGGCACGACUUAAGCACUAGGUAAUUAUGUACGGGAUAGAUUAGGUGAUUAGAUCGUG